GCGAAAGGCUGAGUGCAGUUGUCACGCUUGCAAAGUUUGCUGUCAUUAUCAACCAACAGUAUCUUUUGUAUGCAAUAAACAACUCGGGGUAAUUGAUUACCGGUGAUAAGCAGCAGCCUUUGUCUAACAAAGACUGCAAGCUCCAAGCUGCCAAGCGGCGCGGGUGCGCGCGCGCGCGCCGGUGCCGGGCUCGCGCUCCGUUGCUGCGGGUGAAAGGUGAAGGGUGGCGGCGUCUCCUCGGUUACUGGAGCCGCGCUGGGGUCAAGCGGAGACGCGGUGUGGGCGCAGGAGAGCGGGGGACUGGGAGAGGAACGGAACAACGGAGGCAUGUGAAGAGUGGCAGGAAGCGCCGGGGAGACGUCGUUCGGCCGCCGACUGAGCUCCGAGACCGCCGCGGGAUGUGGGUCGCCUCGGCGUCAACCCUCCCGGCUCGUGUUUGAAGCCAUUGACAGAAGUGGGAGAUCACCCAUCCCAUCGUUCCACCAGCUCGCCGAACUUACCUGUUGUCGGGCUUGCUUCUACAGCGCUCAUUUUAAAGGAUACAACAGUUUGCAUUGUAUUUGUUGCGGCUUUCCAUCACAAGAGAGAAAAGAUAUUCUGCACCUGGUGUUUCAUGUUACCAAUUGGUACGUUUUCUGUUGUUCAGAUAUGAAGAAGCGACACGGUGCAAUGAUAUCCUCAUCAAUGCUUGCUUAACUGGACUUUCAACUCGAUGUUUUAAAAUCGCGGACGUUCAGAGGACUUUAUAUCAAGUUUCACUCCCAUUUCUUCUAGUUUCAAUGCAGCAAUGGGUUGCUUCUGCACGACACAGGAAGAAUUCUAUUGCGAAGUAUUACUUUUGGACGAGACUAAGCUUACCCUAACCGCUCAGCAACAAGGAAUAAAAGGGAUGUUCUCAGAUGUUACAUGGAUCAGAGAAUCAGGCAUGCAGUACUGGCUGGAUCCCAUGAAAACUCUCGCUGAACACAAGGAUCUCAUAAACACUGGCCCACCUUAUACAUUAUAUUUUGGUGUAAAAUCCUAUGCAGAAGAUCCUUGUAAACUUAAAGAAGAAAUAACAAGAUACCAGUUUUUUCUACAGGUGAAACAGGAUGUCCUUCAAGAUAGAUUGCCUUGCCCUUUAAACAUUGCUGCACAAUUGGGUGCAUAUGCUCUCCAGUCUGAACGAGGAGACUAUGAUCCUUUUAAGCAUACAGCCAACUACGUAUCUGAAUAUCGCUUUGUUCCUGAUCAGAAGGAGGAUCUUGAAGAAGCAAUAGAACAAUUUCAUAAAGCUUUAAUACUAUCUCUCAGAUGCUGCAAGCAAGAGGCGAUUUUGAAAAUCCCGGGAGUUUACCAAUGGUUAGGGAAUGGUGGAAGUCGGAACACUUGGCACAAGUGGCGAUGGAUGUGGACCCAAGUUUAGAAUGGAGUCAGCAUUUCGGUCGUGCCCUGCUGUCAACCCUUCUUUCCUACAAGCAAAUUUAUGCUGAUAAACAAAAUGCUGCCAGGCAAACAACCCUUAAUUCAAAUUGGUGUCAUCUCCUGCUGCUGGCAGUCCUAAGAGUUCUGUGAGUCUUCCUUCACCCCUUGCUGUGCUUGAUAUGAUCCUGACAACCACAACCAUCCACCUUAUCCAUGUAAAGCUGCCCAACACCACAACAACCACUCAUCUCCCAGAUCGAACACACCUGCCACUGUUGGUGAGUACUGUACACACUAGAAUGUUAACUUUCUAUGAUUUAUUACAUUGAAUAUUACCUUAAAUUGAUGAAAUAUAAUACAAAUGUUGUCUUGUAGUACUGCUUUUCUGUCGUAUUGGUAUGAAAAUGUGAAUAAAUUACAGAUAAAGCAUAUUUAGGAAGCCCUCUGGAACACAUCCCUAUUUUCACCAUUUAAAUAACUAUUCACAUUAUGUGUCAACUUUGAGGAACAUAUCCCCCGCAUAUAAUGAGGAUAGGGUGUACACUUUUUUAAAUUAAUUUUUUUAUUGAAGUUCAUCAUCAAACAAGCAUUUCGAUAAGAUGUAUUUCAGACAUUGUACAUAUAUAUCAUAUAAUCAUAUAUAUCACAAAUCUCCACAAAGUAUUUAUCUGAGGUAUACAUUUAUAGAAAAGAAAAAACAAACAAAAGGAAAGAACUAUGUACAAGUAGGGAGUGAUCUUUUUUUUUACAACAUAUUCAUUGAUUUGUGAGAAUAAAAUCAGGCCUAUGAGGUAUUAUGUAGUUAAACCAUUUUCCCCAGUAUAAAUCAAAUUGUUCCAGCUUAUGGUUAACAGAUGCUGUUAUCUUCUCCAUUUUGUAAAUGUCCAUUGUAAUUUCCAUCCAUGUAUUUAAAGUUGGCUCUCCUGUGAUAACCAUUUCCUAGUAAGAGUCUUUUUACCAGCCACCAACAGUAUAUUCAUUAAAUAUUUAUCUCUUUUCAACCAUUCUUGAGGUAUAUAUCCAAAAUAUAUGGUCUUAUUCUCCAAGGGUAUUUCACAUUUAAAUAUGUCUUGUAGGGCAUUGUGUAUCCCCCUCCAAUAGUUUUUGAUAACAGGGCAGUCCCAAAAAAUAUGAUAAUGAUUUGCAUUUUGAUUUUCACAAUUUCUCCAGCAAACAGGGAGGUUACUAUCAUAAUGGGAUUUCUGAGAGGGUGUAAUAAAAUAUCUUAUCAAGUUUUUCCAUCCAAACUCUCUCCAUUUCUGUGAACUGGUACACUUCCAUUGAUACCCCCAUAUUGUUGUCCAUUCUUCCUCAGAUAUAAUUAUCCUUCCUUCCAUCUCCCAUUUUGUUUUAAUGUAUGAAGUCGAAUGUGUUUUAAGAUUUGUCAACACCUUAUACAUGCUUUGAAUGAUUCAACUACCAUUAUCUGAAUUAUAUGCUUUUCUAAAGAGCUCUAUCAAGCAUGUAUUUGGCUUGGUUACAUUUUAAGUGUCUUAUUAAUAUAUUGUCGCAUCUGUAUAUACCGAUAAAAAAUCUUGUUUUUCUAAUAAGUGUUUCUCUUUAAGCAUUUCAAAACUGAACAGUGUUCCUUCUUUCAUUAUGUUGCAAAGAACUGUUAUUCCUUUAGCUGUCCAAUCCUUAAAUCUAGCAUCCAGUUUAUUUGGUGUAAAAUCCGAGUCAUAUGCACACCAUUUAAGAAUUGCAAUAUCUCCCUCUAGAUUAUAUUCUUUUAUAGUAGUUUUCCAUAUUUUAAGAGUCAAUUAUACCCAUGAGUUGUCAAUAGUAUUUAUGUACCUUUGCAGGUUGUUAUCAGCCAAAAUUGCUUCUAUGGGGAUGGGAAGUACCCGCUCUUCAAUGUUUUUCCAUUGAGCAUCAUAUGAUGGGUUACACCAGCAUAUCACAGCUCUCAACUGUGCUGCAAAAUAUUAAUCUCUAAGAGCAGGUAGACCCCAUCCCCCCUUUUCCUUUGCUAAUUGCAAAGUUUUGAGACGAACUCUAGGCCUUUUACCCUGCCAAAUAUACCUUGAUAGCAUCUUGUUCCAUUCAUUGAAUUGAUUUUGAUUAAUCUCUAUUGGCAGGGUCUGAAAGAGAUGUAACAGUCUGGGCAAUAUAUUCAUUUUAAUAGACUCAAUCCUUGAACUGAGACUGAAAAAAAGGAAUCAGGUUCCAUCUUGCCACAUCUUACUUAAUUUUUUUAUAUAGAGGCUGCUAAUUACAUUCUGAUAAUUUUGCCAAAUUUUUGGCAUAAUGAUGCCCAAAUAUUUGAAAGACUCUGUGUGCCAUGCCUAGGGGUAUCAACUUUCAAUUUCUCUUGGUGGGCUAUAGUAAUAUGAAAGUAAUUGGGUUUUAUCUAUGUUGAUCUUGUAUCCUGAUAAUUGACCAUAUUGUUCAAAGGAUUGCAUUAAUUUAGGUAAAGAGUAUGUUGGUUGCCCUAGAUAGAUCAAAAUGUCAUCCGCUUAACAAGCCAAUUUAUGCUCUAUCCCUUUAAUAGUAAUUCUCUUGAUAUCUUCAUUUUGUCUGAUGUAUUGAGCUAAUGGUUCCAGAUAUAACGCGAAGAGCAGUGGUGACCAUGCACAACCCUGUCUCAUGCCCCUUUCUAGGGUAAGACCAUUUGAUAAAUAUCCGUUGAUUUUAAUCCUAGCAGUAGGAUUGUCAUAUAGUGUCUGUAUAGUUUUAAUAAUUGUGUCUUGGAAACCAAAUCUAUGUAAAACUCUGUAAAGAAAAUUCCAAUUAACUGAAUCAAAUGCUUUGUUUAGCGUCCAUGCUUAUCACCAUUGCUUCGAUUUUAUUUUUUUGUAUAUGAUCCAUAAUGUAAAGUGUCCUUCGUAUAUUGUCUUGAGUCUGGUGUUGUUGUAUAAAACCUGUCUGAUCAUUACGUAUCAGUAUGGGUAGAAACUCCUCUAAUCAUUUGGCCAUGACGGAGGUAAAUAACCUAUAAUCUACAUUAAGAAUGGAUAUUGGUCUAAAUGACCCGCAUUCUAUUUUAUCCUUGCCUUCUUUCGGUAUAGCUGAGAUUAUUGCUUCCUUCCAACUGGGUGGCAUUUGUGCCUUUUUUGGAGCCCAGUUCAGUGUGGGGAGUGAAACAGGAAUUAACUCAUUUUUAAAUUCUUUGUACCACUCUGCCGUAUACCCACCUGAUCCUGGUGACUUGCUUAAUUUAAGCCUACUAAUUGCAGCUUUUAAUUCAACUUCAGUUAUGUCCGCAGUCAUCGUUCUAUUUUGUUCUUUGCUUAAAGUGGGUAACUCUAGAGAAUUCAAGAAGGUGUCAAUUUGGGUUAUGCUUCCCCCUGGAACUUUGAAAUAUAGCAUUUUGUAAAACAUUUCAAAAGCUUCUUGAAUUUCACUUAGCUUAUUUUUUAUCAUUUUCGUUCUUGGGUCCCUAAUUCUAUGAAUUGUAUUUUCUGCUAUCUCUUUUUUCAAUUUCCACGCCAGUAUUUUCAUAGAUUAUGAUCCGCUUUCAUGAUGUCUCUGUUUGAGAAACAUUAAGUUUUUCCUGAUUUCUUGUGCAGCCAAAUUAUUUAUUUCAUUCCUAAUUCUUUUAAUUUCCCCUAAUGUAUCCUGUGCCAAAUUCAAUUAGUGUUUUUCUCUACUUCCUUCAGCCUAUUUUGUAAUUCCUCUGAUGCUUUAUUCCUUAUUUUUUUCUUAUAUGAAGAUAUGGCUAUAAUUUUCCCUCCUAAGACUGCCUUCAGAGUAUCCCAUAAAAUGGGAGGUGAAACCUCUCCAUUAUCAUUAAACUCUAGGGACCAAUUCCUUUUUUAAUUUGUUCCUUAAAGUAUGGCUCCUUGAGUAGACUUGAAUUUAGUUUCCAAAUAGUAUUCUUUGGUUGUAGGUCAAAAUCAACAGAUAAAUAUAUAGGUGCAUGGUCACUUACAUCUAUUGUCCCAGUUCCACAGAUGUUUAUUUUGUCUUUGUCUUUUCCAAAUGUUAUGAAAUUGUCUAAUCUUGUAUAUACAGAAUGGGGAGCAGAAUAAUGAGUGUAAUCCCUUCUGUCAGGGAAAAGGUCCCUCCAUAUAUCAAUUAAACCAACAUCCUCAACAUUCUUUACAUAAGAAAGUGUAUUAACUUUCUUAGGUAAAGAUUUUGUUUCAUAUUUUUUUUCUAUUGGAAGAGUCCAAGUUUGGUUGUAAUUGUAAAUUUAAGUCUCCCCCACAUAUCAGGAGACCUUCUGAUUCCGUUACCAUAAUAUCAGUAAUUUUCUGAAAGAAAUCAAUAUCACUUCCCGUGGGUGCAUAUAUAUUCAAUAGAGUAACUGAAUUGCUGUCUAUAUUUCCCCCUUACCAGAAUAUAUCUGCCCUCUUUAUCUCCCAUUUCGAAUAUUUUUUCAAAAUUUAGCUUACUUGAGAUAAGAAUAGCAACUCCUCUCCAAUGUCCUGAUUUAUAUGAGGAGAAAAACAGAUUAGUGAACGAUGAAAAGACCAUGUCCGGAAUUAUAUACAGGCCUCUGAAAAGCAGCCAGGAUAUAGGCUACAAGUGACAAUGGCAGAUAUAAAAGGCUUGUCAAAAGGGCAAUGUUAGUCAUGGGGUAUUUCAAUAUACAGGUAGAUUGGGAAAAUCAAGUUGGUGCUGGAUCCAAAAAAAAAGAAUUUGUAGAAUACCUACGAGAUGACUCCUUAUGGUAGCUUGUGGUUGAUCCCACUAAGGGAAAAGCAAUUCUGGAUUGGGUGUUGUGUAAUGAACUAGAUUUGAUUAGGGAACUUAAGGUAAAGGAACACUUAAGAGGCAAUGAUCAUAAUAUGAUAGAAUUUACCCUGCAAAUUGGGAGAACCUAAAGUCAGAUGUAUCAGUACUACAGAAGCAUGAGAGAGGAGCUGGCCAAAGUUGAUUGGAAAGGGGCAGUAGCAGGAAUUACAGCAGAGCAAUAAAGGCUGGAGUUUCCAGGAGCAAUUCGGAAGGCGCAGGAUAUAUAUGUACAUCUCAAAGAAGAAAUACUCUAAAGGCAGAUUGAUGCAACCAUGGCUGACAAGGGAAGUCAAGGCCAACAUAAAAGAGAGGGUAUAUAGUAGAGCAAACAUUAGUGGAAAAGUAGAGGAUUGGGAAACUUUCAAAACCAACAAAAGGCAACUAAAAAGACAUUAGAGUGGAAAAGAUAAAAUUUGAAGAUAAGCUAGCCAAAAAUAUCAAAGAGGAACCAGAGUUUUUUUUAGGGAAAUGAAGAGGAAAAGAGAGAUGAAAAUAGAUAUUUGACUGCUGCAAUACAAUGCUGGAGAGUAAGUAAUGGGGAAUAAAAAAAUGACUGACGAACUGAAUAAGUAUUUUGCCUCAGUUUUCACAGUGGAAGAUACUAGCAGUAUGCCAGAAGUUCAAGUGUUGGGGGUAGAAGUGAAUGCAGUUGCUAUUACUAAGGAGAAGGUGCUUGGGAAACAGAAAGGCCUGAAGUUAAAUGAGUCACUUGGACCAGAUGAGUUACACCUCAGGGGUCAGAAAGAGAUAGCUGAAGAGACCAUGGAGACAUUGAUAAUCAUCCUUCCAGAGUCACUAGAUUCUGGAAUAGUUCUAGAGGACUAGAAGAUUGCAAAUGGCACUUUACUCUUCAAGAAGGGAAGAAGGUAGAAGGAAAUUAUAGACCAGUUAGCCUGACUUCAGUGGUUGAGAAGAUGUUGGAGUCGAUUGUUAAGGAUUGAUUUCAGGAUUCUUGGAGGCACAUCGUAAAAUAGGUCGAAGUCAGCAUGGUUUCCUUCGGGGAAAAUUUUGCCUGACAAAUUUGUUAGAAUUCUUUGAAGACAUAACAAGCAACAUAGAGAAAGGAGAAUUGGUAGAUGUUGUGUAUUUGGAUUUUCAGAAGGCCUUUGACAAGGUGCUGCACAUGAGGCUGCUUAACAAGUUAAGAGCCCAUGUAUUACAGGGGAGAUACUAGCAUGGAUAAAGCAUUGGCUGAUUGGUAGGAGACCAGAAUAUAAAAGCAAGGAUGUAAUGUUGAGGCUUGAUAAAGCACUGGUGAGGCCUCACAUAGAGUAUUGUGAGUGGUUUUGGGCCCCUUAUUUUAGAAAGUUUGUGCUGACAUUGAAGAGGGUUCAGAGAAGCUUCACAGGAAUGAUUCUGGGAAUGAAAGGCUUAUUGUAUAGGGAGCAUUUAAUGGCUCUGAGCCUUUACUCACUGGACUUUAGAAGAAUGGGGUGGGGGGAUUUCAUGAUCUCAUUGAAACCUAUUGAAUGGUGAAAGGCCUGGAUAGAGUGGAUGUGGAGAGGAUGUUUCCUAUGGUACAAAAGCCUAGGACUAGAGGGUACAACCUCAGAAUUGAGGGCCAUCCAUUUAGAAUGAGUACGAGGAGGAAUUUCUUUGGCCAGAGGAUGGUGAAUCUGCUGAAGGUGGUUGUGGAGGCCAGGUCAUUGAGUGUAUUUAAUGUGGAGGUUGAUAGGUUCUUGAUUUGUCAGGGCAUGAAAUGUUAUGUGGAGAAGCCUGGAGAUUUGGGUUGAGAGGGAAAUAGAUUAGCCAUGAUGACAUGGCAGAGCAGACUCAAUGGGCCAAAUGGCCUCAUUCUGCUCCUUUAUCUUAUGGUCUUCUAGUUUUGUAAAUUGUCCUGUGAUUAGGCUGGGGUUCAAUAGGAAGAUUGCUAGACGAUGUGGCUCGCUGGGCUGGAAAGGCCUGUUCCAUGCUGUAUCUCUAAAAAAAUCUUUGGGUUGCAGGUUAUCAGGUUCCUGGUAGUUUAUCAGCAUUUAGACCAUUAAUUUCUCUAAUUCAUUUUAUUAAUAAUAAUAUAUGUCAGCUCCGCAUUUACUCUAGAUGUAUAAUUUUCCAGUAUUUCUGGUAAUUGCCUCCAAUUUCUUCUGUGAAGACAAAUACAAAUACAGUAUUUCUUUAAUUUCUUUGUUACCUAAUUCCUCAAUAUAAUUCUCCAGUUUCUUACUGCAGAUGACCCAAAUUUAUUUCUGCUAAUCUCUUACGUGUUGCUAACAUACUUAAGUUUUUACCUGUUACCUGCUGGUUACUCUUUGGUUCAUAAAAUCAUAUAAGAUAUUGGAACAGAAUAAGACCUUGGCCCAUUGAGUCUGCUCUGCCAUUACAUCAGUGCUAAUCCAAUUUUCCUAUCAGCCCCAAUUUCCUGUUUUCUCCCCAUUUUCCUUCAUGCCCUGACCUAUCAAGAAUCUAUCAACCUCUGCCUUAAAUAUACAUAAAGACGGCCUCCACAGUUGCCUGUGGCUAUGAAUUCCACAGAUUUACUACUCCCUGGCUAAAGAAAUUCCUUGUCAUCUCCAUUCUAAAAGAACAUCCCUCUGUUCUGAGGCUGUGUCCUCUAGUCUUAGACACUCACACCAUAGGAAACAUCCUCUCCACAUCAACUCUAUCAGGCCUUUUACCAUUCAAUAGGUUUCAAUGAGGUCACCCCUCAUUCUUCAAAAUUCCAGUGAAUAUAGGCCCAAAGCUAUCAAGCUGUCUUCAUAUGCUAGGCCAUUUAACCUCCUUUGAACCCUCUCCAGUUUCAGUACAUCCUUUCUUUCGUAAGGGGCCCAAAACUACUCACAAUACCCCAAGUGAGGCCUUACCAGUGCUUAAAAAGUCUCAACUUCACAUCCUGGCUUUUAUAUUCUAGUCCUCUUGAAAUGAAUGCCCUAUCACCACAGCAUGUUUCUUCUCCCCUCUUCCCUUCUGAGUCAUAGAGGCAGACUCAGUGCCACCGAUCACUGUCACUUUCCUCUGUUAGGUCAUCCCCACCCUGACAGUUUCCAAAAUGGUAUACCUAUUGUUGAGGGGGAUGGCCACAGGGGUACUCUGCACUGGCUCCAUAACCCCUUUCCCCUCCUGACUGUCACCCAGUUUCCUGUGUCUUGCACCUUGGCUGUAACUACCUCUCUACAUGUCCUGUCUAUCACCCUCUCAGUCUCCCAAAUGAUCCUGAGUUCAUCCAUUUUCAGCUGCAACUCCUUAGCGCAAUACAUUUGAAGCUGCAGCUGCAACUUCUCGCUGGUGUAGUCGUCAGGGAGACUGGAAGUAUCCCAGCCUUCCCACAUCCCACAAGAGGAGCAUUCCACUCUCCUGUCUGGCAUCUCUACUGCCCUAGCUGAGCAGAUAUAAAGAAGGGAAGAGAAAAAAAAACUUGAGAUUUUCUUUUGCUUUCUGUGACUGAAGCAUCUCUUUGCUGAAGCUUGAGGAACUAAGGCCUCAAGAUCAUACUCUAACUCCGUCCACUCAGGCAACGGCCACUUUGCCUGCCCCUGCCUUCUUUUAAUUUGCUCGUGUUAAUCAAUCCCCAAACACCAGUUGGCUGCUGGUCAACACUCUUCUUUGCUGUAGCAACCUGCUGCUGCCUUUUGUACUCAGGCAGUCAAUCUGAUUGAAAAUCCUCUCCUCUUAAAACUUAUGAUGUCUGGAUUAGCCGCUAUUCAAAGCUCAUAUAACCAUAUAACAAUUACAGCACCAAAACAGGCCAUCUCAACCCUUCUAGUCCGUGCCGACGCUUAUACUCACUGUUCUGAAUGCACCACAGCUCUGAGGGGCCGAAGGAGGCCCCUCCUUAGUGAGAAUCACAAGAGCGUUAUUGGGUUGGGUCAGAGGACCCACGAAAUGAGAGAGGGAGACCUGGCCAUUGUCUCCUGGAGACAACGUUUAUGGAUUGGGGACAAUGCUACGUGCAAGCCCUCAGGCAAAGUGGACUGGUUGAGAGAGGGAUUGCAUCAUCCCAACCUGAUUGACAUCUGAGACCCCGUGAGGAAGUAUAAAAGAGGGUCUGGGGGAACAACCCCUUUUAGACGCACCAGAAGAAAUGCUAGCGAUCCCGUAAUAGCGGGAAGCCACGUGCGUUCGGUUCCCUUGCCUGGGGGCUGGUGGCUGGUACCACGGAAAACAACUUGGAACUAACAACGGGGAACCAACUCCCCCGACGCAACAGAUUGGCCUCAUAAAAGUCCCGGGCAAGUAUAAAACCGUCUCUCUUAAACCCAAAAGCUGCAGCUUGAAAGGACAGUGACUUUUAUCUUUCCGUCGGACAAUACAAUAUCCCCUAGACAAAUGAUAGAGCUAUUGCUUAAUUGAUGAUUAUUAUUAUACCCGCAUUUUUUGAUUGAGUAUUGACGACGUAUUUUAUCUGAAUGUCUGUAUUAAUCUUAUUUUUGUGCCCCUUUAUAAAUAAAGACUUUUAAAAAUAGUACCAUCAGACUUCAAUGGGACUCUAUCUUUGCUGGUAAGUGACCCAGUUACGGGGUUCGUAACAACAAUUGGGGUGCUCGUCUUGAGAUUUGAAACCAAAUUGGGGAGCCAGUGAAUCGAGCUUGUAAGUCCAAACUUGGAUCUGGUACGCGGGUAGCCAGACGGGAAACCAGCAAAGAUGGAUGUAGAUGAAUUUAUAGAAAACCUGACUCUGGAGGUGCUAGAAGCGGCCACCAAAUCAGACUUGGUAAAUUUGGCAAAGGGGUUAAACCUCGCAGAGGUGAGGUCGUCAAUGAAAAAGCGGGAGGUGCGAAGGGCAAUAACCCAGUAUUAUAUUGGGAAGAAUGUGUUUGCAGCUGAGGUAUUGGAAAAUAUCCCUGAAAAGGUACCAGCUAGUGGGAUGGCUCAGUUAGAGUUGGAGAAAUUAAGGUUGGAACAUGAAAUUAAGUUAAAGCAGCUGGAAGCAGCCGAGAAAGAGAGAGAGAGAGAGAAAGAGCCGAGAAAGAGAGAGAGAAAGCGAAAGAGCCGAGAAAAAGAGAGAGAGAGAGAAAGGGCCGACAAACAAAGGGAUCAGGAGCUCCAGCUAAGGGCAUUAGAAGUGAAAAGGGAGCAGGAAAGAGCAGAGAAGCAAAGAGAGCAUGAACUUCAGUUAAAAAAGCUGGAAGCAGCUGAGAGGGAGAGGGAGGCAGAGAGACAGAGGAAACAUGACUUGGAGAUGGAGAAGUUAAAGUAAGAGCAAUGCGGUCAGGGGUCGGACCAAGAGGAGCGGUUUGAUGUCAGUCGGGCAUUGAGGUUAGUACCCCCGUUCGAGGAGACGGAUGUUGAUAGUUAUUUCUUGCUUUUUGAAAAGGUGGCAGUGAAUCAGGAGUGGCCCAGAGAUCAGUGGGUGGCGUUGUUACAAAGUGUGUUAAAAGGGAAGGCACAGCGGGCAUAUGCGGCGUUGUCCAUGGAGGAGGAGAGUUAUGACAAAGUAAAGGCGGCCAUUCUCUGGGGUUACGAGCUAGUACCUGAAGCCUAUAGACAAAAGUUCAGAAAUUUACAGAAAGGGUGGAAUCAGACGUAUACCGAGUUUGCCCAUGAGAAGGGUGUGCUCUUGGACUGUUGGUGCACUGCAGAAAUAGUGGGCGAGGAUUAUGGGCGUCUCAGGGAGUUAAUUUUGAUUGAGGAAUUUAAAGAUUGUGUUCCGGAGGAGAUCCGGAUGUAUUUGAAUGAGAAGCCGAAUAAGUCCAUUUCAGAAUUUGCUAGGUUCGCAGAUGACAAAGUUUUCCUCGAAUAAAAGUUCCCCGAGAGACUGGGGGAACGAUCGAGAAAGUCCGCCAGCUGAGGCAGAGGUCCCACCAGGAGCUAGUGGUAAGGUCGAGGGGGAAAGGCCAGACGGCCAGAGAUUCCAGGGCUUGACCUGUUUUAAUUGUGGGAAGAGCAGGCAUGUUGCGUCUCGGUGCUUUGCUCCGAGGAGGGAGACGGGAAAAGGGAAAGCAGCAGUCCCUCUCGGAUGUGCCGUGGUAAUCAGUAGAUUGACAAGAGAGCCCCGGGUAGACAGAGUACGAGAAGGGUCUGAGACUUGUCUGUCACACGGAACCGUGUCUGUGAGGGAGGGGGACACACCAGUUCCCGUACGAAUCUGGAGAGACACGGAGG